CCCCGAGAACCCGCAGGUUUUAGGAAGCUUUUCAGGGCCCUAAUAGAAGUGCUUUUCUUUUCGAGAUUUUUUUUUAAAUCUUGAAGCCCGAGCGGACAAUAAAAAACGCAUCCAGGCCCAUUUCCGGAGGACUGAGAUUGCGACGAACAACCAGGAAGCGGCCCGGCUGGGAGCUGUCCCCGGUUCUUCACUCUGCUCUCGAGGCCCCCUCCCAGGGUCCCUACACGGUGUUCGUCGGUCCCGCGUGGCUCUUGCCACGACCUGGGCUCCGGCCCGGGCCGACCUUUCCGGAGCCGCCAUGUCAUCCGACUUCGAAGGCUACGAGCAGGACUUUGCGGUGCUCACGGCAGAGAUCACCAGCAAGAUUGCGAGGGUUCCCCGUCUCCCGCCUGAUGAGAAGAAGCAGAUGGUUGCAAAUGUGGAGAAACAGCUCGAAGAAGCAAAAGAACUGCUUGAACAGAUGGAUCUGGAAGUCCGAGAGAUACCACCCCAGAGUCGAGGAAUGUACAGCAACAGGAUGCGAAGCUACAAGCAAGAAAUGGGCAAACUUGAAACAGAUUUUAAAAGGUCACGGAUUGCCUACAGUGACGAAGUACGGAAUGAGCUCCUAGGGGAUGAUGGGAAUUCCUCAGAGAACCAGUUGAUAAAAUUACGUGAAGAGAGGGCACAUCUGCUCGAUAACACAGAGAGGCUGGAAAGGUCAUCUCGGAGACUAGAGGCUGGAUACCAAAUAGCAGUGGAAACCGAGCAAAUUGGCCAGGAGAUGUUGGAAAACCUCAGUCACGACAGAGAAAAGAUACAGCGCGCACGUGAACGACUUCGGGAAACAGAUGCUAACUUGGGGAAAAGCUCCAGGGUUCUGACGGGGAUGUUGCGAAGAAUCAUCCAGAACCGCAUCCUGGUCGUCGUCUUGGCCAUCAUCCUGGUCGUCACCAUCCUGAUGGCGGUCACUUUUUCUGUCAGAAGACACUGAUGGAUCUGUUCCUCCCUGACAAACAGCAACAACGGCUUGUUCUGAGUAAUUAAGACAAAAUGGUCACAUGAAUCAUUCUUUUGCGCUGACAGGCCCCGAAUGACCCUCCCUCUUUUCACCACUGUUCAGCUGAAGUGCAAAGAGUGUAAAAAUAUUUUCUAUUCCUGUUUGCAUGCGGGUCGGUUUCCUUUUCUAGGUUUGUCUUCACCCAGAUUUGUUUUCUGUAGGGGAAGGGGAAUGUUUAUUUGCCUUUUGGUGAUUUCAUCUCCUAACCAAAAUAGCCUUGGUGACAUUCUUCCUUGCCCUGUGGACAUGUCAAGGGUCACGGUUUGGGACAGGGCAUGAUGAGUCAGCCGUGGGGCAUGUGAUGGGCUGUGCUGUUUGUCACACAUCUCUUGUCACCGACUUGCCCCUCUGUGAUGUCCGAGGAUAAAAAUGCAGAGAAAAACAGGGGCCAAAGCCAGUGAGUGACAGGCUCCAGCAAACCAGCCCUGUUCCUACCCAGGGAUAAUGAAGAUAGUCUACCUGCCUGAGCGCUUGCAUUGAAAAGGUGGAUAUUCAGUGUCAGUUGUGCAGGACUUAGCACUUGACUUAGCACUUGACUUAGCACUUUCUGUGUUUUUCUGUGUGUGUAUGUUUUGUUUUUGUUUUUGUUUUGUUUUGUUUUACAGCCAAGAACAUUUUUGCAAAGCCUGCCCAAGAUCCACUUUUCACAACUUUGAUUCCUGCUACAUGAAAUAUUUCCUUACCUUCCCCAAAUCCCCUAGUCCCCAGAAUUUGCUGACAAAGCGAGCCCUGGCCUGAUAUUUAAUUGUGACCUCCUCUCCCCUGACCUGUGUAAGCAUCUCGAUACCCUUUUGGUUUUAAUAUCUGCACUGCCAAAACAGCCCUCCUACAAGCAAAAGGUCUGACAAGGCUCUCUGCACAUCCAUUCCAGUAUGUAAAAAGAACAUGAAUAUUUCAGGAAGAGGAAGAACAUGAGUCCGUUGGUGUGAAAUUUCAAAUGUGAUUAUAAAUAUGGUAGAGUCCUAUAGGAUAAUUCACUAGAAAUAAACUUCAUGGAAAACGUUCACUAACCUCCUUUCAAAGAAUAAGGGGUUGCAGCGUGUUACAAAGGAGGGCUUGGAUUUUCUAUAAAAAAAAAAAAAAAAAUGUUAGCACAGCCUUCCUGAGUUCACUGUGUAUUCAAACCUCUGACGUGCUUUGUGAUUUCCUUUGGUUUCUUUCUGUCCGAGGUAACCGGGAAUUGCGUUCAAAAUGAGUUCGUUUAUGAUCAGGCUGAAAGUUGCCCCAAGCUGAGGUCAUUUUCCUCCUUGUCAUAAAGCAAAAUAUGUUUUUCUUAAGACUUCAUAGGCACUUCCGAGGUCUGUACUAUCUUUUGAAUAUAAUUGGAAGCUCUGAAUCCUUGAAAAGCGGACCUGUUCUCUUCAUAAAAAAUGCUAACCACCUGUGCCCGUAGAUGGAGAUCACCUGGAUGCUGCCCUUUAUUUUUAUGGUUUUUUCCCCCCAACUCAGAAAAGAACCGUUAUGGUUUAGAGAGGAAAUGCAGAAUGGCAAAAUCCACCAGAGAAAUCGCACUUAGCGAAACAGGCCAGGGCCUGCGUGUGUCCAGAUAAAUCAUUUAGUAUUGUGUAAAUAAAGCUACAAGCCUUGACCUUGCAGGGAUGGCGUGGGAUUGGGGCCGGACGAGGUAGGACAGUGGAGGACUGGGAAGGCGGCGCUCACUUUCCUAUCAGCUGAAGGGAUCCAUCUCAGCAAGAUUCUUUUAUUCCGAUAACGGAAAUCUGUACAUGCUGAACACAUUGGAGAAACCAUUAAACGGGAGGAAACAAACAAACAACCUCCUUCUCGUUCUGAAACAGGAAUGGCGGGGGAAGUACUACACCAAGCUCUCGGGUGGCUGCUUUUGAAACCGUUGAUCUUAGCGAAAGUGUAAAACCAGCUCUCUACCCGCACCUCGGGCCUCCUCCCCAGGCCACCCAGCAAGCCAGGUUCAUCUGAUCGUCUAAAGCCGCCGGCUCCUAAAUAUUUCAGUAAAACCUUGUGCUCGUGGGGAGAUGGGGAUGAAAUGGGGAGGGAGUGUGCGCCUCACCCCCCCCAGUGGCUUUUUUCUCCCCAGUUCUAUCUCUUUAUCAGCACUUGCCUGAGACUUUGCCCCAAUUCAACCUUGAGAGGGAGAGAAUCCGAACAGAUAACCCUUGGCCUAACAGCCCCAUCCAACCCACCCGGAGAAGUGACCCGGAUAGUGGGCGCUUUGUAAGACACUGGUCCCCCCCCCCACCCCCCGCGCUCGCGCCUGGCCCUCCCGGCAGCUGGAGGGGAAAUGCCCAGGAGCCUCAGCGGAGGUCCGGCUCCACCCGGGACCGGAGAGAGCCCACCGAGGCGAAGCCGGUCCUAGAUCUGUAAAAGGUUCUAGGAACUUAACACGUCGACUUUGAUCGAGGACUAUUUCUGCGGUUGGGCACCUGUGCUAAAAAUGAUGUUCAAGGGGAAGGUGGGAUCGGGGGUGAAGACCAGGACAUGGAGGAGGACCGGGAGGGGAAGCUCCUGCCAUCUAACAUUCGUGCAGACGAAACAGUUUCCCCGACCCACCGAAUAAAUAAAAGCGGAUGCUACCCUGCUCCGGAAUCAAAAGCAAUUUAAUUAAAGUCUCUUAAGUUGUAAAGAGUUUUAAAUGUUCCGUGUUGAAGGCGAAUGCCUGCAGAUGCACGGGGCUUGACGUCAGCCGCCAGGCCUGGGCUGGGAGGCCAUUUGCUAUUCUGUUUAAGGCAGACUGGAUUGUCUUAUUUUGGAACUAGCUUGGUGGGGGGUUUGCUUUGCUACUGCUUCUGAGCCCUGAGCUUCAAAGGCUGAAAUUAAUGGUGAACAAAAUUGUGCGGCUCUGGCCGUCCCAUGCGGGGCCAGCCCAUUGAGGGUUAUCAUUAAGUAAAGAAAUAAAGAGGGGGAAAAAAGCCUGCCUGUUCCAAAAAACCUCAUCAGAUAAUGACCUCAGUGAUUGGAUUUUCAUUACCAAACAGCAUCCAGAGAUUAUCCGCCCCGUAGAAGAAGGGAAGGGGGUGGGAAAAAAGAAAGGAAAGCAACUGUCUUUCUCUCCCUCUCUCCUCUUUUUUUUUUUUUUUUUUUUUUUUUUGCACAUCUUUUCUUUAAAACUGUCAGAUCAUUUCAGUAUUUCAAAUCCGAGGAAAACAGCCUGCCUGCUGCUGUAUUUGAAGUUGUAAUGGUGUCAAAAAGUCACGACUGACUGACAGCCGUCAGUCCCAGAGGGGCUCAUUAAAUCAUAAAAACUUGACAAGGAAAUAAUUGCGCAUUGCCAGCAACUUGGCGCCUGUUUAGACGUUUUUAUUUUCUUUCAUUAUUAGUCCCCACCAUUACGUUCAUUAACAAAUUGCAUUAAACAACUGUUAAGGGCUAAUGAUUUGUUUAUCGCUUUUUAUUAUUAUUAUUAUUUAAACAUUAGCUGUGUCAUGUGGUACCCGAGCAGCCUCUUGCCAUCAUCUGACUGAAUAUUUUUCCACUCUCGAGCUCCGGGUACUGUUGGAAUAUGAAAUAGAUUAUUCAUUACUCUCCUCUUUGCCACUGAUUUGAUUUCAUGUAGCGUCUUCCACAGAGAAAGAUGAAAACUUGUCAAAAAUAGGUUAUAUCUUAUUCGAAGGGGCAACAAUAGCAGCAGGUACAGGCACACUUUAAUAUUUAAUUAAGGUUGAUGUUAACCCCUUUAAAUGACUUUAGCUGUAAGUUCCAUUCAAAUGCAGAAGAGAAAAAUAAUUGUUCUUAAUUUGCAACCUGUUCAGCAAGCAUUCUUCAUGGAGUUAGCUGGAAAUUUAGAGCCGAAUUUUUUAAAUAAUGAAAUUUCCCAUCAUAAAUAUUUAUAGCCGUUUGUCUACGUAGUUGAGAAUUAACUACAAGCAAUGAUUUCCUCGUCGCUUUGGUUUGAACUGCUAGUGCCGUGGGACGCUCUCGGUGCUGGGAGCCAAGGUGGGCUUUCCUGGGAGAAAUGCAGACCCAGAGCCAAGGACUGUAGGUGGGUGACGGCUGGGGCUGGUUUCAAAGGAGGCUCUGUGAGUCCCCUGUCUCUGGUCCACAUGUCUCCUCAGCCAGCUGAGUGUGUGGUUGGAAGACUGUGGUCUGGAGAGUAAGUAGGGAUUUCUUAAAGGAACGCUUAUGUGUCCGGUUGGCUGGUGUGGGGAGGGUGUGACGGGGCGUCUCUGUGUAGUCGAUGAGCUCACUGCCAACAGUGCUACCCUAAGAGACAAGAGGAGCAAUGCCUUGCUGGAACUGACCUUCUGUCUUUUUUCCUUUCCGGGACUUGCCGUUGGUGAAAUCAUCAGCUUUUCCACGGGCUCUGAGCUUUGGGGGGAAAAGCUCCUUCACCAUCGUCAUCACCAUCCCAGAUCUGAAGUCAGCGGCGUUCUCCACGCCGGAACGCCUGGCCUCAUCCGGCCUCCCUGUCUGAUUGCGUGAGUUUCACAGAGCCAUGGAAGCCACUGUCAGAGGCCUGGUCUGUUGGUACUUCAGGGCUGGGGUGACCUGGUCAAUAACAGGGAACAAGGAGAUCUUCUCUGCUGACCUGCUUUGCUCCUACCCACCUGUCCCCAGGAAGACAGACCCCUUGGGCAGCCAGCCACCCCAUGGAUGUGAAGGGGAGAGAUGGCACAUGUCCCUUGCUCAGCCACCAUCUCUCAGCCUCACCCAUCCAAGGACAGACGGUCCCAGCAGGAGCUGUGGCAUAGGAGGGCCGGGUCCGGCAGGUGGGACAAGUGAGGCCACCCUAAGCUUCAGAGACCACCGUGGGCAUGGAAACGACACACACGCCUGGGCCUGAGGGGUCUCAAAUCUCCAUCUUGGCCUGUUCCAGAUUAGCCGCGUGACAGCUUACCACCUUUGGAAGGAUGCCACACCUCGGCAAAAGAUAGGCUCAGAGUCCUUUUUCCAAAAGGAAGGAAGGCUUUGUGGUAAGCCAUCCCUAGUCUGACUCCCAGAGACACUGGUUGCCCGAGAUGAGCCGCCAGCCCUCAAACCCGACCUCAUCCUGUGUAAUUCACUAACCUUAAGCCGAACUCCAAGAAACAUCCUUGUUUAUAUGGCUUUGCCUGCAGCCCACUGGGCUCAGACCAGUAGUGUCUGCCAGGGGCCGUCCACAUUUUAUGACUUAGGUAGUUCUUAGACAAGAUGUCAGCCUUUUAAAAAUGAGGCCGGGGACUGUGUGGGCAGCUCGAGAAGUGCUUAAAGCCACAGGAUCCUUCCCAAGAAAGGAGACCCUGCAGGGUAACCAAGAGAGGCCCAGGGCAGGGAGAAGAAUGCAUGUGCUCGGAGCCAAGGCUGGAGACCGGGUCCCGGAAGAGGUGAUGGAACCAGGGUGAGCAUCGUCUCUGUCGUAGAGGAGGGAAGACGCAGGGGAUGCUGGGAGAGACCGCCCAUGCCCACGAGGACUCUAGCUCAGUAAUAAGGGAAAUGUUCCCAAGCCUGCUUACCAGAGGCGAGUAGGGCAAAAACAAGAUGGUGCGGCAAACCCAAAAUGACAGGACAGGUGGGUUGAGAAUGUGUGAGGAGGUGAGGGACGGGUGGCGUAUGGGGUCAGGAUGGAUUCCCAGCACCAGGGGACAGGAGAUGGUGAGUGGGACUCGUCCCAGGAGAUCAUUAAGAGGGAAGGGCGCCGGCGUCAGGCCUCACGUUGUGCCACCCUGGGCCCAUUAUUGGCCUCCUUCAGGAGGCGCCAGAGCCGGAGAAAGACAGGGUGCCUUUCUCCCAGGACCCCAGCCCAAAUCACACACAACCUCUGUUGUCAUGCCUCAAGGAGCUCCCAGCAUGCUGUGGGUAAAGCACUUCCUCGUCCUGAAUCACCUCAUUACUCGUGCUACAUAAAUAACGAAGGCAUCACAGAGAGAGGGGGAAAUGCCAAGCAGCAAAGCUCUAGACUGUGAUUCUGUGAACUCGUGCACCCCCUCCUUCCCUUCAUCCAAACAAGGCCCUUUGGCGUGAAUAAUAGCUCAGCGGCCCCGAAGCCCGUAUUGAUCUGCUGCACACACGGCUCCGCUGAGAGCCGCCUGGACUUUUCCUGGGGGCAGGACAGCGCCGUUCAGUGCAGCCCUCUCCUUCCCCCACCCGUCAGCCUCCCCAGGUGUGCUCAGGAGGGGACAGUGCUGGGGGAGGGGGGAGGCAAGGCCCUUCUCCAGCUCAGUGCUGCUUUGUUGCCUCAACUUUUUUGUUUUUAACUUAUUUUGCCAAGAAAAGUACCUGAAUUGGACAGAAAUGUUUUUUUGCAUGAUGAGGCCCCACAGAGUUGAGAAUGAAAUACAUCCUCAGGCUCCAGCUUCUCUCCAGAAGAUUCUGCCAAAGACCCAGACCACAGAGGCACCCUCCGCUGACACUGACGGAGGCCUCCCGCGUGCCCAGCACUGGGUCCAAGCACCCUGGCAUGCCACACCGCGUGUGUCUGUUAAUUUUCUAUCUUAACACCAUCAGAAGAGAGACAAGCUGAGAAUGUGGCCCGAAUCCGCCACGUCUUUGGGGAGUGGGAUUGCUGUUAAAUUCGGUAAGAAGCCUCCGCCAUAGGAUGCUAAAUGCACGGGGCCUGAAGCCCGCAGCCCCACACCCUGAGGCUCCAAACACUGUCCGCUUCCUCAUUCCCAACUCUUUCAGACCCAGGUCUUGGCCCUCUGGGUCACGGACAGUUGUAAGAUGAGCCAGGUCUCUGCACAGGAACGCCCGUGAGCUCGUAGUUUCCUGAAAUCCCACUCUGAAAGAUUCGUCCCUCUGGUGUCUGACCUCGAGCCCGGGCAAAAUGCAGAUUCUUCUUCCCCUGGUCAGCUUCAGAUCCAUAGACCACUGACCCAUUCCUGAGGGCAGAUUUUGGAUUUGGGGUGGGAACGACCCACCAUGGCAAGGAGCAGUCCGUGGUCUUUGGGAGAAGGCAGUAGAAAGGAAGGAAACCUCUGGUUGCCUGGCACCAGCCUGGUGGUUUCUCCUGGGAUCAGCUGCCCUCUGGGUAAGGAAUGGGUUCCUGGGUGCACAGCCUUGCCAUAGAAGCCCACACACACCCUGGCCCCAGGGCCCAGGACCACUCAGGUCAGAGAACACAGGGCCCUGGCAAGGCAAGAUAAUUGGGUGAGGUUCCCCUGGUACGUCCCACAGCAAUGCCCUUCCUGAGGAGGAGGAGGAGGCGGAGGAGAGAGGCCAGGAAGGCGGUGGGAGGGUAGUUAGAACAGUGGGUUCCAGCCAGUUGCUUUCCUUGGGGGGCUGCUGCAGCCUGCUCCCUCCCGGCCCUGCUGAGAUGCGGAGGCCAAGGCACUUGGGGAGGACACCCAACCUGAUAGCUUCUGCCCUGGGCAGCACCUCCCCAUGCUGCCCCAUCCAGGGGUCUCAACACAGCAGGGACAUCGUGACUCUCAGAGACUGUCUCUGCUUGAUUUGUCUCCUCCUCAUCCAAAUAUCCUGCCGCCCCCGCCAAGAAACUACAGAGUAAGGAGAGCUAGGGGCUGCAUGGGCUCAUCAUUGUCCCCGACAGGACUUCUAAACAACCACGCCUUUCCCUGUUUGAAGCAUGAGAGGUGUCAUUGGGUUUAUUCAUCUAGUCGAGAAUACGUACUGGCUAUCUACCAUGUUCCAGGCCCCAAAGACACGUGGUGAAGAAGUGAGGUAAGAAAACAUGCGUGGCAGCCCUGGGACUGCAGGUGGAGCACUGUUUUCGUCCCCAGAGCCCUGCCUUGCCCUCUGCUCUCAGCCAGGGCUCUGGGGUGAGCCGCACUGGAAACCCUGGCGCCUUGCCCAUCCCCCCGCCCCCUCCCACCGCUGCCCCACCAAGGUCAGUGCCGCACCUGCCCGAGUCCUUGCCACGCCCCCUAGUGCUGUGUGCUCCUUCCUCCUUGCGGUUCCCGCAAUUACAUGUGCAAAUGGCCCCGUUGGACUAGAGUAGAGCUGACAUUUGCCUGCCAGUGGUUGAAUCCCCGUGAGCGCUGGCUCCAGGUCCAGGACCAGCCCCAGAGAGGCAGGGGACAGGUAUGGGGACCCUUUAGAUUGGGACUGACUUAGAGGAUUUUUUUUUCCUUUUUUCUUUUUUUCUUUCUUCCUUUUUUCUGCUUAUUAAAUGAUAAAGGUUCGACUUGGCAGGCAAUCAGAAACCCAAAAUAUCAUAAAAGGGAAAAAAGUUGCCGAGUGGCUAAGAGGUGCACCACGGGAGUGUCACUGGGCUCAGCAGCGAGGUGAAUUGCUGAGCGAUGGAGCAGGAGACGUUUUUCAAAGGCUUCUCUCUCCUUCUUCUCUCUCUGUCCCCCAUGCAGAAAGGGGAAAAUAGAAGCAGAAUCCAGAUUUGGGCACGAGGCUGAUGGGUCACCCUCCCCCACCACCAGCCCCCAGACAGUGGAGAAACUUUGAUCCGGGGACAGGAGGAGCCUGGGCACCCCGGCAAAGGCUGCAGCAUGGUCCUGGUCUCUGAGUGGGCUUCCCUGGGCUCCUGUGAGGGGAGAUGAAACCCACAGAGCCAGGGAAAUUGGGGCUGGAAAGGAGGAAAUGUGGGACCCGUGCCCCUUGGGCGCCAGGCUGGUGGGUUUGGAUGGCAAAAGCCAACCAGGCAGAUGGGCUCAGAUUCGCAGAACCCUCUAGCUGUGCAGGCUUUAAGGAGCAUUUUGGCCAACCUGCUUGUUCAGAUGGGUAGAUGGUGCACAGAGAGGGAAUGAGUCUUCGCUUGAGAAAACCCAGUAAGUGGGCGGUGGGGCCAGGAAUGGACUCCAAGUCUUCAGCCUCUCCUUGGGCUUCUCUCGUCUGCACAAGGAGAUGCAACUCAGACAGCACUGCGUUCUGGAAGCCAUGGCCCAGCCACGGGGCCUCUUUGGUAGUGCUGGCCUUCACACCACGUGGCUAAUGUUCCUCCAUUACAUUCUUUUUUAAACCAACAUGCAUAGAAAAACUCGGUUCCAUUCCUGUUGGCUAUGAUCAUUUUUUUCCCCUGAAUAUCAGAUCUUUUCUCUCUUAAGGACCUGGCAGAGGGCACCCUGGUGUCCCCUCAGCUGAGCUACUAGUGUCCCCGGGGAAAGGCAUUUUUGUGCUCAAGUCCACCAUCACUAGCAAAAGAAUCUUGUGAGAACAAGUAAGUGAGAAUUGAAUUCCUCCUCCCCCAGCGCCGAGCCCCUGGAGGCCUCUGGCAAACUCCUUGGUUGCUGAUGCUAGGCGGACACGGCUUUAGAGCUGGGGGAAGCGCUGACCCUCCAGGUCCUGGCAGCAGUGGGGGUGGUGUUUGCACACCCAGGAACAGCCUGGCAGGGAGACCCCUCGAGGCUUCACUUUUUUCCCAAAGUCUGGCAUUUUCCAGGCCGGAGGUACUCAGAGCUCUGGGCCUUUCCAUGCCACCAGCCUAGCGUGUGGCCUCACGUUGAGAAGUCAGAGCCAGCUCGGGUUCCGGUUCUUCAUCUGGCCAAUAGGAAAGUUGGUUGGAAAGUCUCAGGAAGGUAGGCCUCUGCCAGCUCCUGUCACCCAUGGCGGAGAAAAAGGAAUGUCCCGAAUGUGAGGGUCGAAGGCCCUGGGGUAAGAUGGCAGCCCCUGGCGUGCGGAAUGUCCUAGAAGAGAAGGAGAUUUGGUGCACUGAGCUUCGGAAUGGUCUUGGAUGCAGGACUGGUGGCAUGGGCUUGUGACCAGUGCAGUUGCGCACGUGACCCCACCUUCGGAAGGGCCCACACUGGGGGCUUAAUGCUGUACUAUAAUUGAAAUUCAUGAUAAUUUUAGCUUCAUAAUUGCAUUUUGUAAAUGAAGUUCGGUGAGACAACGGACCAUGAGCGGGGAGCUUGGAGCCAGGCUCCCACGCGGUCCAGCCUCCCACCACCUCCUGCUUGUGGGGUCGGAUGCUCAGCCCCCUGGAGCCCCGCUUCCACUCGGCCUUCCCACCCCAACCUCCCUGAAGCAACAGCUGCUGACCUGCCUCUGGGCUCAGGCAUGGGCGGGGUCAAGGGCUGGACGGGGCAGCCCACAGCAUUUUGUAGUGGGGCGUGGCAGCCGCAGGCCCUGCCCUAUACUGGCGGCGUCAGGGCACAUUCAGUGGGACAAACCUCUAAUCCACUCCGAUGCAGGCACCAGGUACACCUAGUGCGUCCUGGCACCAAGGUGGCCCAGCCCCUUCGGUUGCCCAUCCACCGAGGAUUGGGGCACGGACCUUGCAGAAGGGGGAGAUGCCUACCUUAACCUCCCGUUCCAGGCCUGGGGUACAACCUCUCCGUCCAGCCACUGGGAAGAAAGGGAACCUGACCCCCAGGCUGGAGGGCAAGUGCAUGACCAGGACGCAAGGCCAGAGUCAGCAUCCUGAGGGUCUGCCGUCCUCCUGAGAGAAUCCUCAGGCCUGGGGGAGCCCUCUCUUCCUUCUUCCAAUGUUCCUGAGUCCAGCUUGUCUCUUCUGGCCUGAGUCGUCUGGUUGAGGCUCCCUCUAGGAACAACCCACUACAUGGGUUGUGUAACUGCUGAUUUCCCACACAUAAAUAUUCUGACAUUUGCCUUUAAAACCAGUGUUGCACAGUAUAAAAGCAAACAGUAAAAUUCGUGCUAGUGACUUAAAAUUUUAACUUGACUUAGAAGACAUCAACUAGAAAAUUUUAAACACCGUGACGAGAGAGAGACAAGGGAAGAAAUGAAAAAGCAUUUUUUUCUUGCUUUCUGAACACAGGGCUCCGUAUUUUCAUUUUGCUUUGGCUCUCGCAAAUGAUGGAGCCUGUCCUGCCUGGGUGAGUCACUUUCCCUCUGGGGCACCCCAUUUCCCUAUCAGGAAACCAGAUCAUUUACGUUUUGCCCUUGCCCCUCCCUUGCUCACGGGCACAUUAUGAAGGUGCACUUGGAUGAAACCCAUGAACAGGAUUUAGAAACCAGUGUGUGGUGCCAACCCUUGGUCUUGGAACAUGGCCCUUCUUUCUUAAAAAGGGGUUCAGCCCAUCUCGUGUAGGUUUAACCACUGACAAGUCAGGCUCUCCCCCAGGUCCCGGCCGUCGGUAUUACAUCCUGGAAACGAAGCUCCAGUCUAGAAACCUCCCCUCUUCCCUGGAAUACAGACCAAAUAGCCUCUAUAUCUGGGAUCCAAGCAAGCUGUGAAAUGGAAAGAUGUCAGCCAGCCCAAGGGUUGAGGCCAGUGUGUGAAGAGCGGCCAUUGAUCUCUACAUUCAUCUCUUUUAUUUAGCGGUGAGGCCAGAAUUUCAAAGGUACCAACCCAGAGGAGGGUAGGUGCCAACCAGGUUGGGGUUGAGGGGUCAUCUCAAGAACGGUAAAAAUCCCGCUUCCGCUUCUCCUUCCAGGAAGAGGGUAUCUCCAUUUCAGAAGCAUUUCCAAAGCGACGGUCAUGGAGGUUCCAAGUGCCCCUUUCCCCUGCCCUGCCUGAUGUCGGAAGACUCACCUGUCCAAGCGAUGAAUGUGUCCAACAUAGCAACCUGUCUUCUUCUGUAAAAGUGCUGUUACUUUAAGAGAACGUUUGUGGGAUGAAUGGCAUGAAAGAAUGAAUGAAUGAAUGAGUCCCUUUCCAUCAAGUUGCCUCAAAUGGAGUCCAGAUGUUAAACGGCAUGCUCGACAGCGCCAUUGCAAGAGAAGGAGAUUCGGAUGACCCCCGUGUGGCUCCUUCUACAGCUUUUCCCCAACAGUGGAUGAUCUCUUGAUCAUUUUAAAAUUUUGUGGUUUUAAGUUUAUCUUAUUUCACUUCAUUUCCCUUUGAGUGCUGUCUUCUGGCUCCUGCUCCGCUUCCUCCCGCUAAUUCAUUAGGCCGGAGAGCCGCUCCAGAGUGGGAUUAGAACCCGUGUAGUACAUCGUCGCUUUAAACUGAAAUCUGCUAAUUAAUGGCUCUUCUGUGCGUAACUGAAUGAUAGCGCUGCUUCCCCGGGGAAUUGCGAUUUCAUGGUUCCUAAUGAUGCUGCGAUUACAUUAUCUGGAUCACGCAGACGGUGGGUGUCAGAUGCGGUGCUCAGAGCCUGUCUCGGGGCUGGGGAGAAAUCGCUCCUAAAACCAAGGGGAUGAGAGGAAGGAGUUAGAAUGUCUGCUGUUAAUUGUCAUUAACACGUGCUGUUCCUUCCUCUUGUUCCGGUAUUUGUUUCAAGGUCCAGCUUCCCCCAGCUCCACAAUGCUUCUGUAACCUCACUCCCCAUCCCCCAGUAUUCAUAGGGUUUUGUUUGUUUGUUUGUUU